AUGAGAGUAGUCCGCGUGUUGCAGGGGGCGCAGGGCGAGCCGGGCGGCAAGGGCGAGCGAGGCGACCCCGGGCUGCCAGGCACCGACGGCAUCCCCGGACAGGAGGGUCCGAAAGGCGAAAAAGGCUAUAAAGGAGAACCGGGGCCGGGCGGGAAGCGCGGCCGCAAGGGCGACAAGGGCGAGCGCGGCGAGCAGGGGGUGCCGGGCCUCGACGCGCCCUGCCCGCUGGGGCCCGACGGGCUGCCGCUGCCCGGCUGCGGCUGGCGCCCCGCCAAGGUGUGGGAGGCGCGCGAGGAGGGCGGGGCGGGCUCCGAGGAGGGCGAGCGGGAGCGCGAGGGGGAGGGCGAGGGCGAGGCGGAGGGGGCCGAGGGGGGCGACGGCGACGAGUACGAGCCGCGCGAGGACGAGCUGGAGCCGCGCGACUACCACGACUACGAGGGCCCCGACGACGCGCGCCGCGAGGCGCACCGCGAC